AAAAUUACGAAAAAAAAAUUCUCUAAAGAGGGCCUUUUUCUUUUGGGGCCGUCUCUGCCUCGGGCGACCCUGGCGCUCUCCGCCAGCGGCCGUGGGCCUUCUGACCGACGAGGCCAGGAGGGACCGGGGCCUGGAUUAUGGCGACUGACCCCCACUUCAGGCCGGACCCCGGGGCCUCCGCUUUUGGGGACGGAAGAUGGCGGAGGCGCAGCGUGGUUCCUGGAAGCCUCGCGCCUGGCCCUGGCCCUGGCGGUCUUGCGUUCGAAGCCGCCCGGCGUAAGCGGCAAGGAGCACGCGGAGCACCUGGCCAGGAUAGUGUCCGGAAAGGAUCCCCGGGAGAAAUCGCGAGUGGAAGCUUUGGAAGCGGAAGUGGUUCGCCUGAGGCAGCAGCUCCUCCUGAGCAAAGUUUACCCGGGGUUCUUUCGGAGAACGGGGAUCCAGCCGUCGCCAGCAAUGAAGCCCUGGCCCCUUGUCCGUGUGGACGAUCAAUCCGGCCAUUUGGAAGAUUCCGGGUGCAGCGUCUCAAACGACGACCUGGCGGACACGCAAGAGGCCUCCGCUGCCUUCAGCCACAGCGAGCGCGGUCCUGCGUCCGACGCUUCAUCCGUAUUGUCCAUGUUGGCUUCCUCCCGUGCCGGCCCAAGCAAGUCUUUGGUUCCUCACAUACAGUUCCUACGACGUUUCCUUGAGCUCAAGCGGCUGGCAGAGCAUGGCGGUGUAAGAACAGACUUGGGAAAACUCGGAAGGGAUUCUUCCGCAAUAUCUGAUUCUUUCUCUCGGUUGCUCGAUGGCCUGGUUGCCGCCUAUAGUUUCCCCGAAGUGCCCUUCUCAGAUUUUAUGACUCGGGCAGUUUGUGCCGUCAUAACCGAGUUAUUAAGCGAUGCUGAUGUAUCUCGACAGAUCUUGGGGAAGUGUCUUAAGAAGCUGGAAGACUCUGUGGAAAGACUCAUAGACGUUGUAUUGAACAGUAGCCACCUCAACAGAUUUCAGGUUCAGGAGUCUAUAUCCCAUGCCCUUGUUUCGAUCGGACAAUGCAACAGAUUGAGAAGGCACACAAUAUUCCUGCUCUUCAGAGAAGUCAGCCGAUUUGCUGAUGAGUUGCAGCACGCCGAUGAGAUUCAAGCUGGGCGCGACACACGAUAUGAAAAUAUUUUCUUUCUGUGUAGAGCUUUGGAACAGCUUCUGGAAAUAGGGACAGAGGAGGAAAAUGUUGCUGCCCCUUCAGGCUGCGAUGAGGAAGAGAAGAAGAUGUUUCUACAUAAACUUGACCAAGCCAUUUUUCACCUCUGUGACGAAUUUCCCUUGUUCUGUAUUUAUUUAUGGCGACUAGGCACUCUUUUGAAUGUGGCACACACUCAGACUGGUGGAAGAAGCUGGCCUGCUAUGUAGCAGUUCAUGACUGAGCCUGGAAAAUGAGGCUAGCAGGGACUGAGCCAUGUCCGCCAACGAAAGGAAAUGGGACCGCCAUUAUAAAGAGCAUGGGAUUAAAUAAAUAAAGUCUAUGACUGCAGGGUUUUUAACUUUGCUCGUUCCCAACUUUACACCUUUUGUUCUUUCAAUUUUGUAUUUAAAAAAAAUAUUUUGUACUCCUUCAAUGGCCGGUUGACCGUAAUAAACAUUUGA